GCCUCCUCGGCCAAUCAGAGUCCAUGUUGUGCUUCUUGUUUCCGCCCGGUGGCCGUUGUCCUCGUGGUGUUUGUGUGAGUAUCGUCACCGCGGACACGCCGAAGCUCCGUCCGCUCACCGCGAGGCGUUCAGGGCCGGUGGGGGAGGAGAGCUUCGGCGUGCGGCCGUCGUGUGUUUUGCAUGCUCGUUGUCGUGUCCGUCACCGUGCUCACGCCGGCCCGAUUCACACCGCGCCGAGCCCCGCCCCCUCCGUAAGCCCCCCCCACCUUCUGCUUGCUGCGGCAUCGUGUGUCGGGAGGCCACGCCCCCGAGGAGAGUCACCUGAAUUAAAUGCUACAGUUGACAGUUUAUUCCAGUUCACCAGAACAGUGACGUGAGAUUACCCAUAACCCCCUGCUCUGCGGCAGGGAGGAUUCCAGCGUCUCCUGGUGUCUCUUCAGGGAUUGGCUGCCUGAUGAUCACAUGGUUCGGCCUGAGUUAGGAAACAAGAUGGCAGCCAUUACGUUUACAGAGGCUGUGUCUACCGGACACUUUACGAAGGACGCUGCUCUCCAGAGCCCUGACCUCUUGGUGCCUCCUGGCUGUGAGUCUCACAUGGAACGCUCACGUUCACCACUUGGCGGAGUGACGGACGCAAAUCUGCUUGCGAUACCCGCGAAACUUAAAGUGACAAUGAAAGCACUUCUUGCCCUCUUGUUGUCCCUUGUUUACCUUUCUCCACCCCAUGGGGAAACUGACGGUCUGUAGCUCCGUGGUCGACCGCUUGUGCUGCCGUAGCAUCUCGUCCGCCAUGGUUUUAGAAAUAAAAUGAAAAGCUGGCAAAAGGGCUCCUCCUCCUCCGCUCCGUAGCCAAGAUGGCGCCCAUCGUUUACAUGUUCUGCCCGUCUGCAGGCGCCAUGCGGGGACUCAGUGCUCUGGUGCUGCUGGGGUCAGACAAGCUCCAAGGGCUCAGGCUCCGGGAGGAGACUCACACACUGUGAACACCACAGAAAUACAUAGAACUAAAUACUACAACAUACACGAGUACAUUUAAUACAUACAUCCAAGUACUUGCAACUACAAGUACAUGUCUGAAAAUGCAUGUACUUACAAGUAAUACCAGUCAAUACAUGCACGUUUAACUUCUAUAUAUAUAAUAUACUCAUUAGUGUGUAAAUAAGAGUCAAUACUACUUUGCAAGUAUAUGAAAUGUGUUAAGAUUUGUAAAUACUAGUAUUAGCAGGUUUUAGUUAUACAGAUUUAUAUGGAUCCAUGAGUGUAAAGUUGUAUAAUAAUAAUAAUAACCUUCAAGUUUAUAUAGCGCUUCUCUAAAUCGCCCCAAUCAGCGCCUACGGCCCCUCCCCCAACACUCAUUCACAUCCAUACGAGCCGGGGUAAGGCUGAGAGGAGAACACGAGGAGAACACGAGGAGAACACGAGGAGACCACGAGGAGACCACGAGGAGAACACGAGGAGAACACGAGGAGACCAGGAGGAGAACACGAGGAGAACACGAGGAGAACACGAGGAGAACACGAGGAGACCACGAGGAGACCACGAGGACAACACGAGGAGAACACGAGGAGACCACGAGGAGAACACGAGGAGAACACGAGGAGACCAUGAGGAGAACAUGAGGAGAACACGAGGAGAACAGGAGGAGAACACGAGGAGAACACGAGGAGAACACGAAGAGAACACGAGGAGAACAGGAGGAGACCAAGAGGAGACCACGAGGAGAACACGAGGACAACACGAGGAGACCAUGAGGAGAACAUGAGGAGAACACGAGGAGAACAGGAGGAGAACACGAGGAGAACACGAGGAGAACACGAGGAGACCACGAGGAGAACAAGAGGAGAACACGAGGAGAACACAAGACCACGAGGAGACCAUGAGGAGACCAUGAGGAGAACAGGAGGAGAACAGGAGGAGACCACGAGGAGAACAGGAGGAGAACACGAAGAGAACACGAAGAGAACACGAGGAGAACACGAGGAGAACACGAGGAGAACACGAGGAGACCACGAGGAGAACAGGAGGAGACCACGAGGAGACCACGAGGAGAACACGAGGAGACCACGAGGAGAACACGAGACCACGAGGAGAACAGGAGGAGAACACGAGGAGACCACGAGGAGAACACGAGGAGACCACGAGGAGACCAAGAGGAGAACACGAGGAGACCACGAGGAGAACACGAGGAGACCAAGAGGAGAACACGAGGAGACCACGAGGAGACAACACGAGGAGACAACGAGGAGAACACGAGGAGACAACGAGGAGACCACGAGGAGAACACGAGGAGAACAGGAGGAGACCACGAGGAGAACACGAGGAGAACAGGAGGAGACCACGAGGAGACCACGAGGAGAACACGAGGACAACACGAGGAGAACAGGAGACCACGAGGAGAACACGAGGAGAACACGAGGAGACCACGAGGAGAACAGGAGAACACGAGGAGACCACGAGGAGAACACGAGGAGAACACGAGAACACGAGGAGACCACGAGGAGAACACGAGGAGACCACGAGGAGACCACGAGGAGAACACGAGGAGACCACGAGGAGAACACGAGGAGAACACGAAGAGAACAGGAGGAGAACACGAAGAGAACAGGAGGAGAACACGAAGAGAACAGGAGGAGACCACGAGGAGAACACGAGGAGACCAGGAGGAGAACAGCUCCACACAGAGGACCUGGAGGAGCGUGAUUGGCCCAGGCCUCCUGGCUGUGAGCCAAUCACCACUGAGCACCUCCUUGAUGUUUCAUAGUACUUGUUGCGUGUGAAGAGUAAGCAGUAAAUACUGGCUGUCAUUCUGCAGCAGCUAGCAGCGAUGAUGUCAUGUCAACAGGUUCAUAUCUAACGCCCUCAUGAUCACCUGCUGGCUCAUUCUGCAGCAGCGUAGCAGCGAUGAUGUCAUGUCAACAGGUUCAUAUCUAACGCCCUCAUGAUCACCUGCUG